GUCUUUCUCUCUUUGCAUUCAACACAUUUGAUCAUACAUAUGAAUUGCAUACUGCUUGCAUAAGUUGUACUUUUCAGAAGAAGAGAGAAACAGCAGAGGCGGAAGACGAGGUGCAGAAAUGAAGGAACUGAGGCAGUAGAGGGAGGGGUGUGAGGGAGGUGUGCAACAGCUUCCUGUAGUCGCUGAUCUCUGAGUCUUCCUCCUCUUUGAGUUUCUCUCACAGUGAAGAGCACAGACGCAGCGGAACAGGAUGCAGGCUAUCAAGUGUGUGGUCGUGGGAGAUGGAGCUGUGGGAAAAACAUGUCUUCUCAUCAGCUACACAACCAAUGCCUUCCCCGGGGAGUACAUCCCUACUGUAUUUGAUAACUACUCAGCUAAUGUGAUGGUGGACAGUAAGCCGGUCAACCUGGGCCUCUGGGAUACAGCCGGACAGGAAGACUACGACAGGCUCCGCCCACUGUCCUACCCCCAGACGGAUGUGUUCCUGAUCUGUUUCUCUCUGGUGAGCCCGGCGUCCUACGAGAACGUCAGAGCAAAGUGGUACCCAGAGGUCCGUCACCACUGCCCCUCCACACCCAUCAUCCUGGUGGGCACCAAGCUGGAUCUGAGGGACGAGAAGGACACCAUUGAGAAGCUGAAGGAGAAGAAGCUGGCGCCAAUCACCUACCCACAGGGCCUGGCUCUGGCCAAGGAGAUAGAUUCGGUGAAGUACCUGGAGUGUUCGGCUCUGACCCAGCGCGGUCUGAAGACAGUGUUUGACGAGGCCAUCCGGGCCGUGCUCUGCCCCCAGCCCACCAAGGUCAAGAAGAAGCCCUGCUCACUGCUGUAAACGGACCAGAAACAAGAGAGGGAGAGAUUGAGACUGAUGACCCGACGUUAAAGAAGAAGAUUAAACUGUUCUGUUAUGUUAUGUGUCUAGAAAACUUCAACUAGAUUUCCAGGAGUAAAAAAAUAAAGAAAUUGAUAAAUAAGUAAAAACCCUUUCUCUUCAGCAAGAUUUUCAAAGUCAUGGGAGAGACAAGGUAGAAUCCAUCAGUAAAGUUUAGCAUUUUAGCAACAGACUGCCCAAAGUAAAACUAGAAACAUGAAGAUGUAUCCAAAACUCCUGCACACCAGACUGAUCCCACAUACUAAUAUGUAUUAAUGCAAAGAUAGUGUUGUGAUAAGAUUUGUUCUACGAAAGUGACGAACAAUGUAAAAAAAGAUCAAUAAGGAAAGUAGUUUUUGUAUGAGCAGAGAGCAGAACAAUAUU